AUGCAACUUCUGUCUAUUCUUGGUGCUCUGGCCUUUGUGCCUGCCGUCAUCUCCUCCCCUGUGACCGGCGACAAGCUUCUUGCCCGCGACGAUGACCGGGGCAACUACACUGUCGCUGGCCUCGGGGCUCGCAAGCAAGAGGUGGUUGGCGCCGGUGGAACCACACGGGACCUGGCCAUUGCAAUGCUGGAGACAGACACCAUGACGACCGACUACACCUAUGGUGAUGGAAAGACUGGUGACGGGACCAACUUUGGUAUCUUCAAGCAAAACUGGUACAUGCUGCGUACCUCUUCGUCCGAGUUUAUGGGCGAGACCACGGCCCAGGUGGCCGAUGGGGCGAUUCUAAACUCCGAUUUGGGCAAGGACAUCAAAGCCCGCCACGACGGCGAGGAAAAACUGGGCUUCGACAUUUGGUUUGCCGGUCACCGGGACGGACAGUCUGGGGUCGAGAAACCCAACACUCCGGACAUCAAGGGAUACAAGGAUGCCGUUCUCUGGAUCCAGGAGCAGAUUGAGAGCGAUAAAAAGUACCAGAGUGAUGACACUCGCUUCUGGGUCAAGGUCAAGGCCAUCUAA